UCGGCCCCGCGCCCCCUCGUUCACGGCGCUCCCCCCCGCCCCGUUCCCCCGCAGCCGGGCGGGGGAGGAGGAUGGAAACACCCUUCUACCAUGAUGAUGUGUUGAGCGGCCUCGGCGGCGGCUUCGCUCCGACCUCCGGCAGCAGCGGGCUCCUCCUGCCCUUCCCCGGCGGCAGCAUGAUGAAGAAGGACGCGCUCGGCCUGGCGCUGCCCGAGCAGGUGGCGGCGGCGCUGAAGGCCCCGGGAGCGGCGGCGGCGGCGGCGGCGGGCGCGGCGGGCGGAGAGGCGGCGGCGGGGCUGCUGGGUUCCGCCGAGCUGGGGCUGCUGAAGCUGGCGUCGCCCGAGUUGGAGCGCCUCAUCAUCCAGUCCAACGGGCUGGUGACCACCACGCCGACCAGCGGGCAGUUCCUCUACCCCAAAGCGGCGGCCUCGGAGGAGCAGGAGUUCGCCGAGGGCUUCGUGAAGGCGCUGGAGGACUUGCACAAGCAGAACCAGUUGGGCGGCGGCGGCGGCCCCAACGGGGGAGCGGCGGCGGCGGCGGGAGGAGGCGGCGGAGGAGGCGGCGGCGGAGGAGAGCUGCCCGCGGCCGGCCUGGCCCCGGAGCCGCCCGUGUACGCCAACCUCAGUACGUACCCCGCCGUCAGCUACGCCGCCGAGCCCGGCCCGUUCGCGGCCCCGCCGCCCCGGCUGCCUCCUCCCCCCCCCGCCGCCCUGAAGGACGAGCCGCAGAUCGUGCCCGAGGUGCCGAGCUUCGGAGAGAGCCCUCCGCUGUCCCCCAUCGAUAUGGACACGCAGGAGCGCAUCAAAGCGGAGCGGAAACGGCUGAGGAACCGCAUCGCCGCCUCCAAGUGCCGCAAGAGGAAACUGGAGCGCAUCUCCCGCCUGGAGGAGAAGGUGAAGAGCCUCAAGAGCCAGAACACGGAACUGGCCUCCACCGCCAGCCUGCUCCGCGAGCAGGUGGCCCAGCUCAAGCAGAAGGUGCUCAGCCACGUCAACAGCGGCUGCCAGCUCCUCCCGCAGCACCAGCACCAGGUGCCGGCGUACUGAGGGCCGACGGAACCCCCCGUGCCCGCGCGGCGGCCGAAGGACAGAAGGACCCAACCGCCUCCACCCC